AUGCCAAAGAAGAAGAAAAAGACUAAAAAAUCUGCUCCAAAACCGAUUCAUUAUGUUCAACUUCGAACUCAUCGUCGAUAUCCAAAUGCAUCACAUUACAUGUCACAUUUGGAAGUUCAUAAUUCAAAGAUUCAACCGCUCAUUUACGAUAUCGAUCGUGUAUUGAAUCAAAAAUGGAUUCAUAUUCGUCGAUCGGAAAAAAACAUUCAGUUAAAUGACAUUCAUGAACAGGAAAUCAAAAAAGAAUUUUCACACAAAAUCGAUUUAAUUGAUUAUCGAUAUUUUCAUAUAAAUAAUCAAUUCGAUGAGAAUAAUAAAUUCAUCCGUGAAAGUUCUAUUCAUUCAACUGAGAUUAUCGAUCAACUUCUACAUUUAUAUGAACAAAUCGAACAAAGUCAACGAAAUCUCUACGAACAUCGUUUAAACAUGAUUAAACAUGAAUUUGAACAAGAGAAACAAAUUUUAAAACAUCAUUUUGUCGAUAAAGAACUUCAUGAAUUAAAUAGUCAAAUCAACGUAUUUGACGCCAUUGAACAAGACGAUAUUCUUCAACAACAUGUACAAUUCAAAUUAGAUAAACAACAAUUACAGGAACAGUUUAUCAAAGAUUUAACCAUUCUGUAUACAAAUUUCCAUACGCAAAUUUUCGUUCUACGAUCAACAGUAAAUAAAAUCAAUCGAUCGAAUGGACAACAGAUAAAUGUCAUUUCGAAGAAUUGCCGGCAUUUAUAUGAGAAAACAUGUCGAUCACAACAAAGUAUCGAAAAGGAAACAAAAACGAUAUUGAUAUUGAAAAGAAAAAUUAAGGAAAGUAAACAAUCGAUUGAUCAAAUUGAUUUGGAUCAAAAAUUGAAUUGGAUUCAACAAAGUUCAGAAGCUUCUGAAAAUGAAAAAUCGAAUCAAACCAUCAAUCAAAUGAUUUCACAUCGAAAAUCUCAUGGAAUCCUUCGUCGUUUCGUUCUUCUCACUGACAAUGUUCAAAAAGAUCUUCAGAAAAAGUUGUCUAAAGUUGAACGAAUAUUUUUAUUGAUGAAACAAUGCCAUCGAUUAGAACUAGAAGAAGAAAAGCUGCUUCAAACAUCUCCUGUUAAUGAAUUAAAUCAAGUUCAUCAUCUUUGGAAUUGUCAAGUGGAAAUGGAUAAUUCCUUUGAUGAAUUGUCCUUGUUCUAUAAACGAUUUGCUCAUGUUCAAAUGGAUCUGUAUAUUCGAGUCGAAGAAAACAAAUCUCGAAAAAACUUUCAAAAUUUCUAUAGAAAACAAUUGAUGAACUUUUACUGA